CACCGAGCAACGAGGAAGAGAAAGUUUAGCAUCCAGGAACAAGAAAUCUGAGCUUUAAACAUCUGUAUAAACAUGCUGAGCUUAUCUACAACCCUACUGAGAGCAGCUACUUACAAAAAUGUUUCCAGAGUGCAAUCAAUUCGCUCCUAUGCCAACUUUACUCCCCAAGCCACCUUCGACAUCAAGGCAUGUGAGCUUCACCGGCUGGAACAGGGUCCCCCGACGCAGGCCGUUCUCACCCGUGAGGAUGGGCUGAGUUACUACCGCAUUAUGCAGAUCAUGAGACGCAUGGAGCUAAAAGCAGAUCAGCUGUACAAGCAGAAGAUCAUCCGAGGCUUCUGUCACUUAUACGAUGGACAGGAAGCCUGUGCAGUAGGCAUAGAGACUGGCAUCAACCUUACUGACCACCUGAUCACGGCGUACAGAGCUCAUGGAUACACCUACACCAGGGGAGUGUCUGUGAGAGAGAUCCUCGCUGAGCUCACAGGACGGAAGGGUGGAUGUGCUAAAGGAAAGGGAGGAUCCAUGCACAUGUACGCCAAGCACUUCUACGGUGGAAACGGUAUCGUCGGAGCCCAGGUUCCGCUCGGAGCUGGAAUUGCUCUUGCGUGCAAGUACCAGGGCAAUAACCAGAUCUGUGUGGCGCUCUAUGGCGACGGAGCUGCUAACCAGGGUCAGAUCUUUGAGACGUACAACAUGGCGGCGCUGUGGAAGCUUCCGUGCAUCUUCAUCUGUGAAAACAAUAAGUAUGGAAUGGGAACCGCAGUGGAGCGGGCAGCGGCCAGCACUGACUACUUCAAGAGGGGAGACUUCAUUCCUGGACUGAGGGUGGAUGGCAUGGAUGUGCUUUGUGUGAGAGAAGCUACCAAGUUUGCAGCCGACCACUGCAGAUCUGGAAAGGGACCCAUUCUUAUCGAGCUCCAGACCUAUCGUUACCAUGGACACAGCAUGAGCGACCCUGGGGUCAGUUAUCGAACACGUGAGGAGGUUCAGGAGGUGAGGACCAAGAGUGACCCCAUCUCUAUGCUGAAGGAUCGCAUGAUCAACAACAACAUGGCCAGCGUGGAGGAGCUCAAGGAAAUUGACGUGGAGGUCCGUCGGGAGAUAGAGGAGGCGGCACAGUUCGCCACGUCCGACCCCGAACCCCCGCUGGACGACCUGUGCAACCACCUCUACUGCAAUAACUCGCCUGUCGAGGUGCGGGGCACCAACCCUUGGUCCAAACUCAAGUCUGUCAGCUAAAACCUGAAGCUGGAUUUAUCUGUGCACUCCUGCUACGCUGCAUUUCCUAGGUCUAGCUGUUACUGAACUACAAGCGCACAAACACCAGGGAGCAAAAUCGCAUCCUCGUUUAUUUACUGUUCUUACUAAAGACCAAAGACAUUUCUGACAACACUCGCCUGUUACUUAUGUUCCUUCUUUAUUUGGUGUUUUGAUUUUAACAGACAUUUUGACCUGUUAAACUAUGUAUGAAAUAUCUGUGUGUUUUCUGUGUCUGUUAUUUAAUGGGAAUAAAGGUGAUAUAAAUAAAA